UCAGCCCCUUCUAUCUUCUCUCCGUUGCUCUGUAUCAACAAACCAAUCUCUCAAAAAAAAGAGAGAAUAAGUCUUGAACUACCAUCCCCGGUCUUACCUCGUCCGAAAGAAUAAUGGCAUCUCACAUUGUUGGAUAUCCCCGAAUGGGUCCCAAGAGAGAACUUAAAUUUGCUCUGGAAUCCUUCUGGGAUAAGAAGAGCAGUGCUGAAGAGUUGGAAAAGGUGGCUGCUGAUCUCAGGGCAUCCAUCUGGAAACAGAUGGCUGAUGCUGGGAUCAAGUACAUCCCAAGCAACACCUUCUCCUACUAUGAUCAGGUUCUUGAUACUAUUGCAUUGCUUGGCGCUGUUCCACCUAGAUACAACUGGAGUGGUGGGGAGAUUGGUUUCGACACUUACUUUUCCAUGGCCAGAGGAAAUGCCUCUGUACCUGCUAUGGAAAUGACCAAGUGGUUUGACACCAACUACCACUUCAUUGUUCCUGAGUUGGGACCUGAUGUGAAGUUUUCUUAUGCUUCCCACAAGGCAGUAAAUGAAUACAAGGAGGCUAAGGCGCUUGGUGUAGAUACUGUUCCAGUCCUUGUUGGGCCCUUCACUUUCUUGAGUCUAUCCAAACCUGCUAAGGGUGUUGAGAAGACUUUCAAUAAACUUAGCCUCCUUGACAAAAUCCUUCCAAUCUACAAGGAAGUAAUUGCUGAUCUAAAGGCAGCUGGUGCUUCAUGGAUUCAGUUUGAUGAGCCAAUCCUUGUGAUGGAUCUUGAAUCUCACCAAUUGCAAGCAUUCACCAAGGCCUACUCCGAGUUGGAGUCAUCAUUUUCUGGCCUUAAUGUUCUGAUUGAGACCUACUUUGCUGAUGUUCCUGAAGGGGCAUUUAAAGCUGUCACUUCUUUGAGUGGAGUUUCAGCCAUUGGCUUUGAUCUUGUUCGUGGAGCUAAAACUCUUGACUUGAUCAAGGGCGGAUUCCCUGCUGGUAAAUACUUGUUUGCUGGAGUGGUUGAUGGAAGGAACAUCUGGGCUAAUGAUCUUGCUGCAUCUUUAACCACCUUGCAGGCUCUUGAGGGCAUUGUUGGAAAAGACAAGCUUGUUGUCUCCACAUCCUCCUCACUUCUCCACACUGCCGUUGAUCUAGUUAAUGAGCCUAAACUGGACAAAGAAAUCAAGUCCUGGCUUGCUUUUGCUGCUCAGAAAGUUGUAGAGGUUGAUGCCUUGGCCAAGGCAUUAAGUGGUGCCAAGGAUGAGGCAUUUUUCUCUGCUAAUGCUGCAGCUCAGGCUUCUAGAAAGUCCUCUCCAAGGGUUACAAAUGAAGCUGUUCAAAAGGCUGCUGCUGCUCUGAGGGGCUCUGACCACCGCCGUGCCACAAAUGUUAGUUCCAGACUUGAUGCUCAGCAAAAGAAGCUUAAUCUUCCUAUUCUUCCCACCACCACCAUUGGGUCUUUCCCUCAGACAUUGGAACUUAGGAGAGUACGUCGUGAAUACAAGGCCAAGAAGAUAUCUGAGGAUGAUUAUGUCAAGGCAAUUAAGGAGGAAAUCAACAAAGUGGUGAAGCUCCAGGAAGAACUUGAUAUUGAUGUCCUGGUUCAUGGUGAGCCAGAGAGGAAUGAUAUGGUUGAGUACUUUGGCGAGCAGCUGUCUGGUUUUGCCUUUACAGCAAAUGGCUGGGUGCAAUCUUAUGGAUCUCGCUGUGUGAAGCCCCCUAUCAUUUAUGGUGAUGUGAGCCGCCCCAACCCAAUGACUGUUUUCUGGUCCUCAACAGCUCAGAGCAUGACCAAGCGCCCAAUGAAGGGAAUGCUUACUGGCCCUGUUACCAUCCUCAACUGGUCUUUUGUUCGUAAUGACCAACCAAGAUUUGAAACAUGCUAUCAGAUCGCUUUGGCCAUUAAGGACGAAGUAGAAGAUCUUGAGAAGGCAGGCAUCAAUGUUAUUCAAAUUGAUGAAGCUGCUUUGAGAGAAGGUUUGCCUCUCAGGAAGGCUGAACAUGCGUUCUAUUUGGACUGGGCUGUUCACUCGUUCAGAAUCACUAACUGCGGUGUCCAGGACACAACUCAGAUUCACACUCACAUGUGCUACUCCAACUUCAAUGAUAUCAUCCACUCCAUCAUCGACAUGGAUGCUGAUGUGAUCACCAUUGAGAACUCCCGAUCUGAUGAGAAGCUCCUUUCUGUUUUCCGCGAGGGAGUCAAGUACGGUGCUGGAAUUGGUCCGGGCGUCUAUGACAUUCACUCUCCAAGAAUACCAUCGACAGAAGAGAUUGCUGACAGAGUUAACAAGAUGCUUGCAGUGCUCGAUACGAACAUCUUGUGGGUCAACCCUGAUUGUGGUCUCAAGACCCGCAAGUACGCUGAGGUGAAGCCAGCCCUCCAAAACAUGGUUGCCGCCGCCAAGCAAAUCCGCACCCAGCUUGCCAGUGCCAAAUGAAAGACCUGGGGGAUGCAGGACCUCAAUCACUGAUUCAUUUUUCUCAUGCAAAUUAUUGUUAUUAUUUUUUUUUUGGAAAAAAAUCGUGUUUUGUUUAAUUACACUUUUGGGGUCUUUUGCUGAAUAUUCGCAAAGUAGGUGUAGUUGGCCCUACUGGGGCAUUUUGCUUCUUUCUCUUGUGGAUCUCGUUUCAUCCCAUGUUUUAAACCUGUGUAUGUUGAUGCCUUUUAGAAGGAUUAAUGUACGUCACGAAAUGAAAUGCUCUAUACUCUCUUCCUUUUUUUAUAACUGAUGUUUAAGAAAUUUGCUCUA